AUGACAUCGCCCGGAGAUGGUACUCCGGUGAAACCUCCGCCGUCCUUCUCGCCCGGCGUUGCGCGAAACGCGUCCAAGUCAAGGUACCCGGAUGAGCACGACGCCACGGUUUCCCUGGAUGCUGAGCUGGCAGAGACUCGCACAGGGUCGUCUCCAACCUCGUCACUGCCAGCUACGACUGCCGAAUUGGCCAUUCGAUCAGCGUCACCGCAAUCCCGCUCUGGCCGAUCGUCCACCCCGCAAUUAGCUCGAUCGUCUAUCGGCUCACCUCUUGAUGGGCGCUUUGAUGGCUCAGAAGAUAUCCGGUCACUGAUUAUUCGAGCUUUCUCGCCUACUGUCGCCGUCCAUGCCUCCGAGGAUACCGAUGAGCUGGUGAGGAAUAAGGGGUUCAAGGGAGGUUUCUCGGAAUUGAUACGACCAUUUGGGGAGACGGUCCCAGGGAAGGUUGUCAUUCGGGAUAGCAUUGGGUCAAGUCGUGCUUGGGAAGACUAUGGCGUGCGUUUUGUGAAUCUUAAAGGGUUCGGCGAAGCCCACGCCGGACGAGAUCCUGGUAGGGAUUCGUCACUCGCACAAAUGGAGGAAGUUCUGGAGAAACAGUUAGAUUCUGGAGAAAAUUCGCUUGGAGGCCCAAUUUCUUCCAAAGAUGUCUUGGGGCUCCCGGCAACAACGCCACUAUGCAAGUUAUUCCUGCGUCAGCUUCUGUCGACCACGCCUGCCGCACCCCACGAAACAUUCGGCCAUCCCGUCGCCAGUGUAAUCUCCAUUAGCUCUCGCAAUACCGCACCUUUGGAGACUCUUCGGCAGCUUUAUGCCGAGAGCAGUACAGGUGACAGACGGCUACCUGACUGGGUCCAACAAGAGUAUCUCCGGUACUAUGUUUUGGUCCACGACGAGGAGCGAGAUGAUAUCGCUGAGUCUACCAGACUUUACGAUCAGAUGAAGCGCCAUUUCGGGCUCCAUUGCCAUCUAUUAAGACUCCGGAGCAGUCAAUGUGUGGUGACCGAUGAUGAUAGUACGCAAGUACCCUCGUGUGAAUGGUUAUCACCCCGAGAGCACUUGUCGGGAGUAGGAGAAGCCCAAACACUUGUGGAUUUAGGAACCGAUGGCACCCCCUAUCUCUUCGACUCCGACGUCACUGCAAUCAAAUCUUUCAUCCGGGAGUUGAUCGUGCAGUCAGUAAUACCCUUCAUGGAAAACCGAGUGGCUGUGUGGAAUGACCAAGUUGCAUCUCGACGGCGCGGUAUCAGUGGCCGUUUCAUGUCCAUGUCACGACGAUGGGCUGGCUUCGGUUCUAGUUCACGGUCAGGCAUUGGGUCUUCGGGUGGCAACAGUGGAAAUUAUGAUUCCACGCAGAAUUUCUAUUCACCAGACUCCCCGGAGGCCAUCUUGCGGAAGAUGGCUGAUUUCGCUUUUAUGCUCCGCGACUGGAAGCUUGCUGCGUCAACCUACGACAUGAUUCGCUCGGAUUUUGGCAAUGACAAAGCGUGGAAGUAUCAUGCCGGUGCUCAUGAGAUGUGUGCGGUGAGCAUGCUCUUGAAUCCACUCGCCAUGUCCGCAAAGAUCAAGCUGGAGAGCGUUGAUCAAAUGUUUGAGACUGCUUGCUACUCGUAUCUCACACGUUGCUCUGAUGCGCCACACGCCCUCCGGUCCCUUACUUUGGCUGUCGAGCUUCUGAAAUCCCGGGGCGGAUCUGCUACCGAAAGUGCCGCCAGGUGGGCCAUGCGGGUCAUGGACUUUGGCUUGGUUGAGUCAAUCGGUCAGAUACUUUUCAUGGAGCGGGUAGCCGCAUGCUACGCUUCCAAGACACCAGCAACCGGAGCGAAAUGGGGUGCUCGUCGACGCAAGGCCGGCAUGUGGAGUAUUCUGGCCGCCGAUCAGUGGCUCAAGGCAGGGAAGCCGUCUCUUGCUUCAUCCUGUCUUGAAGAAGCCGAACGUCUGUAUGCCGUUGUUCUGGAGGCCGAUGGCGUUUUUCCGAUGCCAGAGAUGCAAGCGUUUGUCGAUAACCUACGACAUGCCGUGAAGGUAGAGUAUCUCGAGGCGCGAGGAUUCGAUGCUCCGGAUAAAACUCCGACCGAAGAAGAUCCCAUCGGCACUGAAGAAACUAGCGAGAAGCUUGACAAGCGCAGCCAUCGUCGCUCGUUGAUCGGGCUUCCGGCGACACUAGACGCAGGAAAUCUCAACAUGUCUCCGGGAGCCAGGAACCCUGAGGACCCGCCGAAUGAUGACUUUGAACGAGCUUGA